AUGGGAGCCUGCUGCACAAAAGAUUCAAUCAAUGGAGGAGGAGGAGGAGGAGGAGGAGGAGGAGGAGGAGAGUACAUGACCCAUGACAAGGAUGAGAGGGAUUCCAACCGGGGAGAUGAUGGAGCAGAGAUUCGUCGUGGCGAUGACGGAGCCAUCGUUCGACUCCAUGGAUCCUCUGCGUUCAUAUCAAUGUAUACUCAACGAGGAAGAAAAGGAAUCAAUCAAGAUGCAAUGACGGUUUGGGAGGAUUUCUCAGGGGAGAAAGGUUUGGUGUUUUCUGGAGUUUUUGAUGGCCAUGGUCCGUUUGGUCAUAGGGUUGCUCGCCAUGCACGAGACAUGCUGCCCUCCAAGCUCUCCAAGGCUAUCAAAAAGCAGCGGCGGCCAUCACAUCUCCAAAAUGGGGUUUCUAAAGCUUCUGUUCAACCAAACAACAAUGAAGGAAAUCAACGAAAUCCAUUGGUUUCAAGAUGGGAAGCUGCUUUUGAAGAAGCUUAUACGGAUUUUGAUCGAGACCUCGGCUUUGAUUCAUCUAUUGAUUGUUUCUGCAGUGGAACAACAGCCAUGUCCAUUAUCAAACAGGGAGAGCAUUUGGUGGUUGCAAAUGUGGGUGACUCCCGGGCGGUUCUUUGCACCAGAGGAGACAACCAUCAGCAUAUUCCCAUCCAAUUAACAGCUGACCAGAAACCAAAUGUUCCAAGUGGGUAUUGUUUAUGCAAUAAGAACUCUAUCUUAUCAAAUUUGAGACAAAAUUUUGAGAUAAGACAAAUGAUGGCAAAUAAUUCAUUCAGAAGAUCACAAAGGAAUGAACAAUUUAGCAGAUUUUUAUGUUGUUAUCCAAGCUAUUUGAAUCUGGUUAGGAACCACAGACCUCCACAAUGCUCCCAACCAUUUUCAACGAUCCUUCCCUUGAAGAAAGUACACCAUAGAAUCUCCCCUGAGGUCUAUGGAGCCCUCGAAUAG